AACCACAUUAACCCACUCCUCCCCUGGGAAUGGGUGCCCACCAAGGUGUCGUCCCCCGUCCCAUCAAACCAGCUCCCACUGCACCUCGCCCCAUCCUCCCCCUUGACGCAUCUUCAUCCCACAGAUCAGUUCUGUCACUGGCAGGUGGAGCGUGGGGGUGAUGGCUGGAAGGUGGAAGAGAACGGCUUCCCGGUUGAUGACACCCCGGCCCAGACCUGCUUCACCACAUCCUUUCACUGGUGCGUCAAAUCGCAGCUCGUAGAUCUUCUAAAGGAGGGGUUGUGGGAAGAACUGCUGGAUACCUACCAACCGGAAAUCUACAUCUCCGAUUGGUGGGGUGCCCAGGAAGACUGUGGCUGUAAAUACUCCAUCUGCGUCAGGCUCCUGGGUGCCAACAAAAGAACUGUAAUCGCUGAAUUCCAAGCCAACUCUGAUGCCAUACAACAGUGGAACGACGCGCAGUAUCACCAGGUGUCCUACCGGUUCAGGCAGUACGGGCGCGGAGUCCGGUAUGUGCAUUUCCUCCACAGAGGCAAGGAAACUCGUUUCAGGCCGGGACACUACGGCGCACGGAUCACCAACUCCACAGUCAUGGUGAAGCUCAGCUGAGAGCCCGGAGCGGGUCUCCGCGAAUCUCUCACGCGAGCCGGAAUGAU